UAGUUUGAAAAUGUUCAAUAUUAAUUAAAUCAAUAAACAAAGUCUGUUGCUUAAGAGUAGGCAUAACAAAAACAGCUGUUUACGACGUUUGUCAUUAAAUCAACAAAACAAAAGCCAUGCGCACAUCUGUCCCUUUCUAAACAAGACUUCUCUGUCGCUCGCACACAUUUGCAUCGGCUCGAACUCGCAACAUCGCACAGCUCGUUUCAAAAUCGUCAAAUCCCGUCUCGCGUUGCAGACGUUAACUUGUGCGACUUGUUGGCUGCGCACUAAUCGCGUUAAACUUUGUUGUGUUUUGUGUUACAAAAAUGCCUUUUAUUUCAAAAGACUGGCGGUCACCUGGUGAAGAAUGGGUGAAAACUCAGGAAGGAUGGGAAAAGAAGAAAGUGUUGGAGUGCACCGCACAGCGAUAUCCCGCUAUAACUAACUAUAAUAACCCAGACGACAGUCCGCAGAAGUCAUGGUCCUCAGAUGGAGAAGAGAGUGAAAAGAGCACAAGUGACGCCGUGACCAGAAUACCUCCACACUGCCAUAUCACAAUAAAAUGUACUCGAGAGAUUGCAGGGUUCAACGGUCUCUCAGAAGCCGUCCGCCGUCUGGACUUCUCAUCAGCUGUGCGCGAUGUUCGCCGAUUCAAUUACAUCUGCGCACUGUUAGAGCUACUUGUUGGUGGACAAAGACUGACUCACCUCCCCGGGGCUGCUCAGAAACUAUUGCUGUCUAUGUUGGAACAACUUGCUGAUCAAGUGGCUACAUCAAAACAGAAUCUGAACGCUCUCCGCGCGCUAGUGAUGUCUGUAUCAUCGGCGCGUGAGUCGGAGAAGCGCUCGUGCUGGGGCCGGCCGCUCGGCUCGCGCGCGCUGUGGGGACACCACGACCACGCCAUCGCCAGGAUCAACCGCAUCGCCAACAGUAUUAGGAUACAGGAGCCCGGGCCAGAAGUAGUGCCCAAGCUUCACGAUUUGCCAGAGGAAUGCAUCAGAGAGAUUCUACUCAGGAUAUCGGAUCACAGGGAUUUAGAUGCUGCGUCAUCAGCGUGGACUGUCAUGGCGUCCGUGUGCACCGAGCAGCGGAUCUGGCGCGAGCUGGUCAGCUUCCACUUCUCCCAGCAACAGACUGAUGCAGCGCUGGCCAAGCAGAAGGAGCAAGACGAAGCCGCUGAUGAAAAGGAGAUUGAUUAUAAGAAGCUUUUCCAUCAGCUUAGGAAGAUGUAUGGUCUUCGCGAGGACGCUCAGUUCGCUGAGACAUUGUCGCUGUGCCGCCAUUGUAAGUGCCUGUUCUGGCGCUCACUGGGCCACCCUUGUAUAGCUGACCAGUGUCCGGAGUACCGCGAACGCCUGAAGGAAGCUGGCGGACCCCUGCCGCCGCACCCGGUGCCUCCCGCAGCCUUCCUCAAAUUCUUCUCCCUGUAAACUGUCUGGACACCAUUUGAGGACAUCUAACACUCUUGAGCGCCGCACAAGAGCUGAUCAUGUAAUCCUUUUACCAUAUCGACAUGUUCGUCACGUUAUUUCAGUGACUGAAGCAUCAUACUACAGCAAAGAACAAGCUUGAAGCCAAGAAAUAUGGCAGUAGAAGGAUAUAUAUUAAAUUUGUCAUCCCAUAUUUAAACUCGACAAAUAAAGAUAACUUUCUUUAACCUGUCUGUGCAACAAGAGAUACAAUUUGUACUGAUAUUGUCAAAUUGCUAUCGCCAUUAUUCCAUGGAUAGGUUAAAAAAAACUUGUGAUCUCCACGAUAGCCUGUCAAAGUAUAAUGACGUUGUCAUUUUUGCCGCCAAAUGCACCAAACAGUUCCCUUGCCCACACGUAUACUUAUUUUUACGACUGAUUACUGUUGAUUGUAAUAUCUACAUUAUAACAUGAAUUUCUAAUACAUUUACGCUAUUUAUAAAGAACUAUAAUUGUUAUUGAAUCAGUAUUUUUAUGUACAAAUGAUCGUUUCAAGUACAUUAUUGUUAAUUACGUGUGAAAAGGGAUUAACGGAUUUACAGAGUAAUUUGGUAUCUUUGACAUGUUUUAAAAGUGUUGUUCUGUUGGUGCUUGUCCAGCAUUUUAAAGAAUAUAAAAUAUCCGAAUGGGUAUUUAAGCAGCCUCUAUUAGAAAUAUCGACUGACUAAGAUCUCGGGCAGCUGGCCUAUAAUUGCGUUAUCAGUGCAAUUCGAACUGGGAAUGUAUUACUUAAGCUAUAGUUAUAAUCAUAUAGUAGAAUAGAAACUAAAAUAUAUUCGAUUGACUGUAAGAUAAAAAGAAAAAAAACUUAAAAAAAUAAACUUGACUUUCAUUGCUUAAGUUCUACUGGUAACUAUGGAUUGAGUAAAACGUUUUCAUAAUAUAAUAUUUUGUGAUCAGUUGAUCAUUAAGAUAAAAUAAAUGUGUUCCAUUGUAGCUAUUUUCUACUUUUAUUGGAUUUUUAUGUAGAAAUGUUUUGAUAAGUAGUCUAUUAGAAAAUGUUAAACCUGUGUGUAGAUCUUGCAUCUGCAUAAAUCUAUCGAUGUAUUUUGCCAGUGUACAGUGUUGCCAGGGUUAUACUUCCUACGCAAGCUGUUGUAAAACAAAAGUAAAAUGUUGCUGAUUAUACUUAUCCUAAAAAUCGAAAUGGCAACACUGCCAGUGAGUGUAACCAAAAACCUGUAACCUGUUUUUAUUGUAAGAUUAUACUUAUUUUAAGCUAUUAAUUAAUAUGUUGUUCACCUAUUUUGUUUGCGCACGCACUUAAUGCUUAAAAAAAAAAUAAGGCUUUAAAAGUAAUAAUAAAAAAAUAUGUGAUAAUUCCAAAAUUUAUAUCGGUAUAAGUGUGUUAUAAUCGGUAUUUAUCCACGUGUGUUGUUUGUUAUGUUUAAAUGGUUUACGUUUUAGUUAAAAAAAUAUAAAUUAAUUAAAAGUCGCCAAGUCGCGUCAGAAAUGAUUUGAAAAUCUCUAUUCAUGUUUAAUUUCAUGGGUGACCGAGUGGUUACGCAAACCAUGAUGUUAAUUGAAAUGAUGAAUUUUCAAUACUCUGUAGGACUUGGCAGCGUAAAAAUUAAUAUUUUAACACUAAUUUAAAGUUUUAGUUCCUUUGUUUUGAAUUAGUCUAAUUUAGCUGCUUACGAAUUUUUUACCAUGACUUAAUUGCUUUUUAAUUUCGUGCUUGCAUUUAAUUCGCACAUACCUACCUAGUAUUGAUUUGAGAUUACAACUUUGCAAUCUUCGCAUUAUAUGAAUUUAUUUGAACAACGUCUAUCUUUUUAUUAAUAUAAAUGAAUAUAAGUCCGUAGUUGAUGUGACGGGAAUGCCUUGAUCGUAGUAGAAGACUUGCAUCGUCACAUUUUGUCCUUGCCUCAGACCUUGUGCACUGCCCUGAUCUUCCGCCACGUUUUGAAACGAUAUUGCAGUGGAAGCGUGACAGUGCACUACACGGUGUAGAGCGGCGUCUCUUUUCCUCAACUACAACAGAGGUGGCAGUAGGCCAUCAGGCUCUGUGACAUUGAGCGAUGCACAAGCGCUAUAUCACAGUAUUUCGUAUCACAAUAUAAAGUAGGUAAAUUAAUAGUAGUUGAAAACUAUAUUCGUAAAUUUAAAUAUGCGAGAGUGCAGCUAAUAAAUAAGAAUAAAAAAUAUUUUAUUACAAACACUGAUUGAUGUCUAAUAAAGUUAUAUGUGGUUAGAUGUACCAAGCUCGUUUCAAAAAUAAAUCUGUUGUAUAAGAUUCUUUAGGCCUAAAAGUAGGUACUUGUAUCAACAAAAUGUUCUAUCCGUCACAGUAGUGUAAGCGGUCUCUGUGAUUACUUUUGAAUCUAAAUGCAAAAUUAUUUACUAAGUCUGAAAUUAGAUGUACUGUGUUGUAGACUGUAUUUAUUGGGAUGUCACUUUAACAUUUAAAAUUGUUCAAUUUCUUUUUGUUGCCCUGCAUUUACAUGCAUAUAGAUCAUGUUUUUAUUAAAGAAUAUAUAUUAAAUCAUGUUUUCUUAAAUUUAGAAGUUUUCAAUGUUCUGAUUGUCCCAAUAUUACAGUAGAAAUAAAAUGUUCAUUGUAUUGUGGUAGUGUAGUUGUUGAUAUUGUGAUAUUUUAAGAUAAAUUUAUUAAUAAGCAUUCAAUAGUCUCAAGAAGCUAACCCUGUAGAGUAGAUGCACAAAAUAAAUAGGUAUAGAGUGAAAUUUGAACAUGCACUAGGAGUAACUGGCAUUAAAACUGGUAUUAAGAGCCAGACCCUACUUCCUACUAACAUUGUUAUUUUUUUUUUUCAAUCUUUUAUGGCUGACCCUGUACCUAUAUAUUCUGUGGUAGAAGUUAAUCUGAAAAAAAUGCAGCUUACCUACUCACUUAAGUCAUUUUUAGUUAAUCUGUGAUCAGUUUUAUAUUUUACACAAUGGAAUUGUUUUUUCUGAUUUGUGUUCUCACUAUACUAUGGUACUUUAUAAUGGUAUUUUGAAAUAAAGUUAUUUUGAAUAAGA